GGUCGGAAUGAUGCCAUGGUUGCAUUUCACGCGUUUUAGUAUAGCCUCCGAUAUUCAUUCACUUUUGCCAACUCUAUUAAAUUUAUACAGAAUUUGCCCUCUCUGAGGUUGUAAACAAUAAAUAGCCCGGGUAAUUCCGAUUAGCAUUGCAAUCCGGCCAUCCGCAAUCCCAUCAUCCACACACAGCCGCAAUGGACCAGUGCUUCUUUUGCGGCGCCGUCGAGCUGAGCGAAGAUGGUGGCGGCGGUGGCUACGAGAAGCUGUCGGCCAAGGUGCCCUCGUCGCAGAAAACGGUCUCCCUGGUGCUCUCGCACCUGGCCAACUGCAUCCAGACGGCGCUGGACCUGAAGCCCAGUGCCCGGCUGUGCCCGCGCUGCUUCCAGGAGCUCUCCGAGUACGACACCAUCAUGGUCAACCUGAUGACCACCCAGAAGAGGCUCACGAAUCAGCUAAAGAGCGCUCUAAAGUCCGGUUUCGAGGUGGCCGGCGGCGACGAUAUACUGGUGGAGGAGGUGGAGAUCCCCGCCAGCGAUGCGGACACAGAUGCCGAUGCCGAGGCGGAUGCCCUGUUCGUAGAGCUGGUCAAGGAUCAGGAUCAUGAUCAGGACCAGGACUCCGAUGCAGACAUCAAAAGGGAGUACGUGGAGGAGGAUGAGGAGGAGAAUGAUGAUGAUCAGGACGACGACGACGGCGAGGAGUUCAUCUGCGAGGAGGUGGAGGUGGGCGACACCACCGAGUACACCGAGGACAAGCCGAUGAAGAAGCGCGUCAAGCAGGAGUGCGGCACCUGCGGCAAGGUGUACAACUCGUGGUAUCAGCUGCAGAAGCACACCAGCGAGGAGCACUCGAAGCAGCCGAAUCACAUCUGCCCCAUUUGCGGCGUCAUUCGGCGGGAUGAGGAGUACUUGGAGCUGCACAUGAACCUGCACGAGGGCAAGACGGAGAAGCAGUGCCGCUACUGCCCCAAGAGCUUCUCGCGUCCGGUGAAUACGCUGCGCCACAUGCGCAUGCACUGGGACAAGAAGAAGUACCAGUGCGAGAAGUGCGGCCUGCGCUUCUCGCAGGACAAUCUGCUCUACAACCAUCGGCUGCGGCACGAGGCCGAGGAGAAUCCGAUUAUCUGCAGCAUCUGCAAUGUGUCGUUCAAGUCGCGCAAGACCUUCAAUCAUCACACGCUCAUCCACAAGGAGAACCGGCCCCGGCACUACUGCUCCGUGUGCCCCAAGUCCUUCACCGAGCGCUACACCUUGAAGAUGCACAUGAAGACCCACGAGGGCGACGUCGUCUACGGGGUGCGGGAGGAGGCGCCCGCCGACGAGCAGCAGGUGGUGGAGGAGCUGCACGUGGACGUCGAUGAAUCGGAGGCCGCCGUCACCGUCAUUAUGUCGGACAACGAUGAGAACAGCGGCUUCUGCCUGAUAUGCAGCACCAAUUUCGAGAACAAGAAGGAGCUGGAGCACCACUUGCAAUUCGAUCACGACGUGGUCUUGAAAUAAGCUAUAGUAAUUGUAUCUCCCUAGUAUAUCUCCUCCGUUUCAUUGUACUUUAUUAUUGUAGAAGAUCGCCUACAAGAAAUAUAAUUUACUGGUAUUCGAACGAAAGCGAA